GAAGUGCAACAGAUUGUUAGCAUGAAUUUAGAUAUUUAUGUUACAGUAAAAAACAAGUUAGUAGACGAGUAGUGUUCAACCUGUUCCUGAGAGGUUUAAGCAAGCAAGAAAGCAGAAUCUUUGAAUUGAAUGAAAUGGAAGGCAUGACGUACUUGGGCAUCAGACCCUUAAUCCCUUCCUCUCCGCCUCCUAAAAGAUCUUCCAGGCCUACUUCCUCCCUCUCCGUCACUUGCUCCGCCACCAAAUGGGCCGAUCGCCUCCUCAGCGACUUCCACUUCUUCGCCACUAACGCUAACGACUCCUCCGACCUCCACCAUUCUUCUUCCUCCACCACCACCACCGUCCUCGCUCCUCCCCCUCCUCCUCCCCCUCUUCCCCCUCCCGAACGCCUCGUUUCUAUCCCCCUUAAUUUCUAUCAGGUAUUAGGAGCAGAGGCGCAUUUUCUUGGAGAUGGUAUAAAAAGAGCUUAUGCAGCUAGGGUUUCUAAACCUCCUCACUCUGGUUUCAGUGAAGACACUUUGAUUAGCCGUAGACACAUUCUUCAAGCUGCUUGUGAAACCCUAUCUAACUCCCAGUCUAGACGAGAAUACAAUCAAGCCCUUGUUGAUGAUGAGCUCGAUACUAUCAUCACUCAAGUCCCCUUGGACAAGGUUCCGGGGGCUCUCUGUGUAUUGGAAGAAGCGGGAGAGACAGAGGAGGUUCUUAUUAUUGGAGAAAAUUUGCUUAGAGAGAGACUGCCAAAGUCUUUCAAGCAAGAUUUGGUUCUUGUUAUGGCUCUUGCUUAUGUCGAAGAAUCGAGGAACGCUAUGGCAUUCACUCCGCCUGAUUUUAUUAGAGGCAGUGAGAUGCUCGAAAGAGCACUCAAACUCUUGCAGGAGGAAGGUGCCAGCAGGCUUGCACCAGAUUUACUUGAACAAAUCGAUGAGACUUUAGAGGAGAUCAACCCUCGACGUGUCCUACAUCUUCUGGCACUACCACUUGAUGACAUAUACCAGAUGAGGCGGGAUGAGGGUCUUCGUGGAGUGCGCAAUAUACUAUCCGCUGUUGGAAGAGGAGGAGCUGUACCUGUUGCGGGAGGAUUUACCCGUGAUGAUUUCAUGGAACAGGCCUUUUUACACAUGACUGCUGCAGAGCAGAUCAACCUAUAUCAAGCCAUACCAAAAGAUAUUGUUCCUGAAGAAUUUGAAGCUUGUAGAACAGCACUUGCCCUUGUUGCUCAAGCUUUUGUUGGUAAAUCUCCUCGUCAUAUACCUCAGGCUGAAGCGCUAUUUCAUCAACUUCAACAGAUUAAGUUAACAGGUCAAUGGAGUGCUGACUCUGCUUAUGCUCCCAAACAGUACCAUGAUAUAGACUAUGCUUUAGCCCUGGGUCUUUGUUCACUUCUUCUUGGGGAUCUAGAUGAGUGUCGCAGACAAUUGGGCCUAGACAGUGAUACUUCACCUUAUAGAAAUCCACCCUUUGUAGAUUUUAUGAUGAAAAAUUAUCCGGAUGAUGAUGACAAUGAUCUUCCCUUUCUUUGUAAACUGUUGGAGACUUGGUUAAUGGAAGUGGUUCUUCCUAGAUUUAGAGAUACCAAUAAUAUACAAGUUAAGCUUAGAGACUACUAUGAUGAUCCUGCGGUCUUGAGAUAUUUAGAGAGUCAGGAACGAGGUGGCCUGGCUGCAGCAGCAGCCAUUGUGAAGAUCAAGGCUGAGAAGGCUACUACUGCUGUUAUUGACCAUGUUAAGGCUGGUGCAAUUCAGGCAUUGCAGAAGGUGUUUCCUAUCAGCCAGAAGGGUACAAGAUUAGAAAGUGGUGGCAUGAAUUAUCCUUUUUCUUCUGUAGCAAAUGAAGAUUAUCAUGAAUCACUUGAUUCAGAUGUCAUAGCUGAAAUUCCUGGAGAGCACAGUCAUGCUGAAGUGAAUGAAGAAGAAUUGAUUGCUAGUGAAAGGAAAGAUGCUAUUAUUAAGUUCAUGUCAACUGGUAUCGCAAUUGGACUGGUUACUUUGUUUAGCUUGAAAUGUUUGCCUGUCAGGACUCGCUCCUCCAUUCAGCGUAAUAGUAUCGCUCCGGCAAUGGCCUCUGGCACCAUCAAUGUAGUGUCUCCAUUAGAUGAAUCUGUCGAGGAAUUGCCCAGAAUGGAUGCAAGAUAUGCAGAGGAUAUAGUACACAAGUGGCAGAGCAUUAAAUCUCAGGCUUUUGGAUCCGAACACGCUUUAGGAAAAUUGCAUGAGGUUCUGGAUGGUCAGAUGUUAAAAACUUGGAAGGAGCGCGCUGCUGAAAUAGCACAACUCGGUUGGGUAUAUGAUUAUACUCUACUGGACCUAACCAUUGACAGUGUGAUUGUCUCUGUAGAUGGGCAACAUGCUGUAGUGGAAGCAACUAUAAAAGAGUCAGCUUCCUUAAUUGAUGCGGCUCAACCUGAGAAUGAUGCCUCAAACAUCACAACUUACACAACGAGAUAUCAGAUGUCUCGUUCCAAUUCGGGAUGGAAAAUUACUGAAGGAGCAAUAAUGAAGUAAAAGAAGGUAUCUUCAUACUGUAAAUGCUUUCUCUGUUUCUGUUAUAAUUUUUCAUAAUUUCAUUGGGAGGCAACUUUUCUUUAUCAACCUGUACUUGAUUGUGUAAUUAAUUCUUUUUAACUGUUCCACUGCCACCUAUCCAAAAAUAACAAGUUCUCGAGGGUUUUGACCA